AUGCAGCUGCCGAUGGACGCAGUUUAGGUUCUGAGUUCAUAGUUUAUUGUCGCAUUCUGUCGGAAAAUCGCGCGUGGAUAGUACACCCCUGUGCGUCAGAUACUUCCAAAUGCGGGUCCUAUUUUUAAUGCAAUAGUGAAAUAAGUAGCCGCUCGACCGGUGGUAGUCCAGUGUAUUGUCAUUUUGCAACAGUAUCGGUGUAAUUAGACACAAUUGAGAGUAAUUUUUCUCACCUCUGCUGACAGGCCGUCGUCGUUCACCGCUGUAGUGUUUAUAUUUGUUGACACCACCAGGAAAGGGUGGAAAACGUUCGCCUUCCGUGGAGUGGAACGGAACGCGCGCCUGCCUGUGAGUGCCGUGAUUGGAUCUUUAGUGUAUUGUGUAGUUGUGCGACCAAUCUGUAUCGUCUAGUUACAAAUUUUCCAAGUGAUUGAAAGGAAAGAAUAUGAGGACGUUCAUGUCACGCGGUUUCAUGGAUCUACUGUGGGAUUAUGCCGUAUUCGUGGUGUUCAUAAUCUUCUCCACGCUGGUACCGCUGUGGGGUCGGUUCUUCGGCCGAAAGGAAAGAACCAAGGCCGACUAUGUGUUCGGCGUGGGAACCAUAUCGAUGGGUGCCAUGAUGCUGUCGAUAGCCCGGGGGACGCUCGGUGUACGAUCGUUUCUGGGCUAUCCAAGCGAGUUGUUCUAUCGCGGAUCGGCCAUGUGGGAGACCCUGUACGGCAUGGUAACUGCAUAUCCAAUUGUGUGCUUUGUAUUCAUCCCGGUGUACUUUAACCUAGGCGUGACGUCGGUUUAUCAGUAUUUGGAUUUGAGAUUCAACAGCCGCUUGGUGCGCUGCUUAGCCUCGGGAACUUACAUCAUACGUUCUCUGCUGAAUUUGGGCGUAACCGUGUACACUCCAACCGUGGCUCUCAACACCGUGAUUGGGAUCCCUUACUGGGUAUCACUGGUUGCCAUCUCUGUUAUUAGUAUUGUUUUCAAUCUGCUUGGAGGAUUGAAAGCAGCCAUUACAGCCGACGUGAUCCAGGGUGUAACCAUGAUUCUGAUAUCCAUUGGAAUCAUUAUCCAGUCGAUGGUAACCGUGGGUGGAUUCGAUAAAAUUUUCACGAUCCCAGCGGAUUAUGGUCGGAUGAAUUUCUUCAACUUUACCGGCGAUUUUACAAUCCGAGUGGACACAACAUCCGCGUGGUUAGGACAGCUGUUUAUGUCGCUGAGCAUUUUUGGAUGUCAACAGAACUUCGUGCAGCGUUAUCUGAGCAUGAACUCCUUCAAGGAGGUUCGUCGGACUUUGCUGAGUAACAUCCCGGUGGUCAUCGCCCUGUUUUCUCUUGCGUGGAUCGUUGGCAUGGGCGUGUUUUCGGUCUACGCCAACUGUGAUCCAAUGGCUGCCGGAUAUACGAACAAGAUGGACGAAAUUUUGGCUUUCUUCGUGGAGGACAAGUUUUCCUACAUGCCCGGAGUGAUGGGUAUCUUCAUGGCUUCGCUUUUCAACGGAGCACUCAGCUUAAACGUGUCAAAUUUGAACUCGUUGGCCACAGUGACUUGGGAAGAUUUCCUAUCGCAGCUCCCACGGUUCAAGGGAAUAAGCGACAAGCAGCAGUUGAAUACAAUCAAAUUUAUUGGGUCAGUCUAUGGAGUGAUGGUUAUGGGCGUGGGUUUCACUGUCGGACUACUGUCCGGUGUAAUCGAGAGUAGCAUGCUUAUGACUUCAGCCACUUCCGGGCCACUGCUGGGAGUGUUCUUACUGGCGAUGCUGGUUCCACCUGCCAAUUGGAAGGGAGCCGCCUGUGGAAUGAUUGUCUCGCACAUAAUCACCCUGUGGAUCACCUUUGGAAGCUUGACUGUCGACAAGCAAACAGUUCUGCUACCCACUUCUAUCGAGGGUUGCACGAACGAAACCUUCUCAUCCGGUAUUCUGAAACCAUCAAAAUCGUGGCUCCUGACCAACACCCCACUAGAAGUCGAAUCGGAUUUCUCCUAUCUGGACUCGCUUAGCAAUGGCGAUAAAUCGCAAUCGCUGGAAUUUCCAGACAGUUUGUAUUCUGUGUCCUACAUGUACUACAGUUUGAUCGGAACAUUCAUCACCGUUCUGGUUGGAACCGUGGUCAGUUACAUCACCAGCCACAGGGACGAUGCGUACGAUCAUAAACUGCUUCACCCGGCAAUCUACCGUUUGAGUCGCCUGUUUCCUGGCAAAGAACGGCGCUACGUGAACAAUUCCGACAUUCGGCCGAAGGUUCGCGUUGGGCAGCCAAAGCUGCCAAUAGAUAAGUUGGAACAGGAUAAUCUGGCCUUCGAAAGUGCGGCGGGUGAAGGUAGAUCGGAGGUGUUCGUUGUUAAUCUGACCAACAGUGAGAAGACUGCAGAGAUUCACACCGCUCCGACUGAGCUGUAUCGGAAGUUGGAUGAAAAUCUGAUUGAGGUUAGGUCGUGAGGUUGAUUCGGAAAAAUGGAGGUGCUGUUUUGCUGCACCGCUGAGAUCAUCAUUCAAUUUGCUCGUGUUAAAAUUUGUAGAACGCAAAAGACUGUGAUAGGAUGUAAGCAAGUUUUAUGUAAGAGUAGAUAUUGAUAACAGGACCAGAAUCGGGAGUAAUUACAGCCAGGGUGGUAACGAUUUUUCCUAGGGUAGUAACAGAAAGUCUGUUUCCGCUUAGUGGACGUCUCUACUUUUACCUGUAGGAAAUAGCUAAUUUUAUUUAGAAAUAAAUUAUGAAUAUCUUUUGA